CAGAAGAUCAUCGUAAUGUCCACAUAAAACAGAAGCCCACAGCCAGAAUCCGGUGCAUACCCGGAUAAGACGUCGACGCUGUCGUGUGCUAACGUCAAACUUUUCUGUAAACACCUAACACUACUCCACCAUGGAUGACCUGACCAAGGAUCAAGUUGCUCUCUUGAAGAAGGCGUUCGACGCCUUCGAUCACGAUAAGAAAGGCAGCAUCGGCACAGAUAUGGUGGGCACCAUAUUGACCAUGUUGGGUUACGAGCUCAGCGAGAAGACGCUGAAGGAAAUCAUUCAGGAAGUGGACGAAGAUGGAUCCGGCCAACUGGAAUUCGAGGAGUUCUGUACGCUGGCAGCUAGAUUCUUGGUGGAGGAGGAUUCGGAAGCGAUGCAACAGGAAUUGCGUGAAGCGUUCCGGUUGUACGACAAAGAAGGGAAUGGGUACAUCACAACCGCCGUGUUUCGCGACAUUUUGCACGAACUGGACGACAAACUGACACCGCAAGAACUCGACAUGAUGAUCGAGGAAAUCGACGCUGACGGCUCUGGAACUCUGGACUUUGACGAGUUCAUGGAAGUCAUGACGGGAGGUGACGAUUAGAUCGUAAGGUUAAUCAUCUGGGUGGACAAAGGCUACUAAUUGAACACUAUCGACGCAAAUGCUCUUUGCACUUUUCUUAGAGACGAAGGGCAGAGAGUACAAUAAAUGUCGAUGUCUGUCACGGCAAACGCACUAGUAUUACUUCAUCGAAUGAUCAGCGUUGUAAAUAAACGCUGUACAACAAUGCUUUGUCGUAAAAACUGUGCUCCGGGUGAUGAAGUUCAAUAAAAGAUCAUUGACUUGAAAAA